UAUUGUUUAUAUUAUUGUAAUAAGUUUCAUUCUUGAGAUGAGCCUAGAGGGACUUCAUUGACGUCAGCGAAAACUACGCAGAGAAGAUAGUAAAAUCAUGCGAACCACGUCGACGCCUUAAAACUACGAACGGAUAUAAUGCUAGAAACAAAAGGACCAUGAAGAGGCUAACGUGGACUGCUCGGUUAUGGUUGACAUUAUGGAUACUUUUCCUCAGUAAAUCUGUCUUUGCAAAAUAUAAACUCAAUAUUGGUACAUUGAAGAAUACAACAGGCCUAGGAGUGAAUAUCCAUGAGUCCAUACAGUCGAAAGUUGAUUCCCUCCAUGAGAAUGACGGGGCCUUUGUCAACGCAGUUGAUACACACGUGAUACCAUUGGGAGAUGUUGACUCAUCUCUUGCUGACGUUAUUGAAGCAAGAACUCUUUUACAGAACGACAAUAUAACACUCGUCUUGGGUCCGUAUAAUGUUGCGUAUGUGAUGGCCGCUGAAGACAUCCGCAUCCCAUACUUAAGCGUUGGACCUCAUCCCCGGGAUAUAUCUUCUUCUGUCACGGUCCACAUAUCACCUUCGUUCAGUGUAAUGUCGCUCGCAGCAUUAGACGUUGUGCAAGCGUAUGAAUGGGAUAAGGUCGCCGUUAUAUAUAGUGGGAGUGACGGUUUGAUAUUUCUUGGUGAGGUGAUGAAACAAAUGGAUGCCAGAUCGUGCCAGUUAACUGAUUCAGCCACCGAGACCACAAUUAAAGACUGCUUACUUGUGUUUAGGGCAAAGCAAGAGUCCAAUAUUGUUGUUGUUGUAGAUGACUCGAUUUUAGAAUCAGUUCUGAAACAGGCCUUGAAAUUGAGUAUGCUGUCAAAGGCUUACUCCUGGUUGACGCUGACGUGGACUAGCAGCCAUUUGAACUACACUGAUAUCCAAUACACAUUGGUCAAUCUAACAACAUUUGAACUGGUUGAUAAGAACAGGAUAGACUCAAGGUACCAGAAUGCAGUAGUUGAUGAUGCAUGGACUCUAAUCUCGAACGCAUGGAACAGUACAGUUGAGGAGAAUGAGCAAUGUCUGACGAAUUGUGUAAUAAACAAAGAACGUUUCAUGUCAGCCAUUAAAACGGUCAAUUUUAAUGGCACAACUGGCCCAGUUGCAUUCAACAAAAACGGUGGACGUACUGGUUUGGCCCUCAGUGUCAUGUCUCUAAAGGAGUAUGGGUUAAGUCAGAUUGGAACUUGGACAGAUAAAUCUGGCGAUGUAGAAGAUCGACUUUUUAUUGAACACGAUGAUAACCGUUCUAGAAGUCGUCCUGCGCGUCCGUUGGGAUAUGGCAAAGUUAAAGUGGUGACCCUGAUUGAACCGCCGUUUGUGAUGCUGAAAAAGAAUGCAGACCAACUUAUUGGAAAUGAUAGAUUUGAGGGAUUCCUUAUUGACAUGCUGGCUGAAAUGGCAUCUAUUAAAGAUAAAGAGUUUGAAUACGAACUUUAUUUGGUUCCUGAUGGAAACUAUGGCUCUCAAGACGACCAGGGAAAUUGGAAUGGAUUGAUAAAAGAGCUUAUCGAUGGGAAUGCUGCAAUGUGCCUGGCUCCUAUUUCUAUAACGUCAGAUCGGGAAAUUGUUAUUGACUUUACUAAACCUUUCAAAGAUCUCACAUACAGUAUCAUAAUACGAAAACCAGAGAGAUCGUCGUCAAUGUUUCAGUUUAUAACCCCAUUUUCUAUAACCCUAUGGGUGCUCAUGGCAACGUCUGUUGUCGUCGUUAGUGCAGUCAUGUUUAUCUUAGACAAAAAGGUCCCCAACAACAGCAAUAGCCCGGAUGACCCUCGUUUUGAUCUUAAAGAAAGCAGCUGGUUUGCCUACACGUCAUUGGUCGGAUUUGGACCAGAGGUGUUUCCGAAAUCUAUAUCAGGACGAAUUCUAGCUUCGUUUUGGUGGUUUUUCUCAUUAAUCUUGAUAUCAUCGUAUACAGCUAAUCUAGCAGCAUUCCUGACUGUCAGUAAGAUUGACACUUCGAUCAACAACCUGGCAGAUCUAGCAGCCCAGAGCAAGUAUGGAUACGGGACGGUGAAAAAUACCUACUGUGAGUCGUUCUUCAAAAAUUCGGAUAUCGAUUACCUUCAGAAAAUGUGGGCAUACAUGAAAGAGAUAUCCCCAUCGGCGAGAGUCGCCAAUACAUCGCAAGGUAUUGCGAAAGUAAAGGAAGGCAAUUAUGCCUUUUUGUUUGAUACUCCUAUAUUGGAGUAUGUAAUGUCACAGGAGUGUGAUACGCUGGUUGUUGGAAAGCCGUUUAACAGACGCGGGUAUGGCAUUGGCGUCCCAUUACGUGCGUCGUACAGAGACGAUCUGUCGACUGCUAUACUUCAUCUACAGGAAGAUCAAACCAUCUCCACAUUAGAAACAAAGUGGUGGGAAACGACAUCUAAAUGUGAGAAAUUUGAAAGUUCCAAUAUGGCGGGAACAGAAUCUUUGCAAAUUGAAAAUAUCUCUGGAAUAUUCUACGUACUUCUUGGAGGCAUACUUAUUGCAAUAGUUGUCUGUAUAUUCGAAUAUAUUCACCUAAGACGUCGUCGUGCUAGGAAGGAGACAGAACCAAAAAGUUGUAAGGAUAACAGACGCCCAAAUUCGGCAGUCUAUGUCGAAAGUCCCUCGGUGUUUAGACAUAUUAAUGGUGACUCUCACUUGGACCACAAAUAAUGCAUGUACGUGUAUGUUGAAUAGAGUAAUGUAAUGCAUAAAGAAUGCUGCAAGGUGUGAAGAGCGUGACGAUUUUUGAACACGUUUACAUAUAAAGUCACCCUGUGGGUGUAGUAAGAUCAGACAUUAAUACCAUGUGGCCUGUGGGCAUAGUAAGAUCAGAUAUUAAUACCAUGUGGCCUGUGGACGUAGUAAGAUCAGACAUUAAUA